GACCUGGGAGAAGCCUAGCGCGGUAAAUCCACAGUCUGAAAUCUAGCCGGUUUGUCGCGUAGUGACAUUGCAUACAUUCUACGUAGGUCCUUGGUUGGAGUGAUUCAGAAUUUAGAAUCCACUUCGCUGAUAUUGACAUACUACGAUUUCCAAGCACUCUCCACCUAUUCUGCAAAAGUUGUACAUUCGCCCUCAAGAACUACAUUGGUUUUGUGCUUCCCGAGGAUUUAUUUUACGCGGAUAUAUUAGCACCUGCGAAAUAUAGCUUAGAGAAAGAAAUUUCACCUGGACUGGCACUAGUUUUUCGGUUUGAUUCAGACGAAAAAUAAAUGAAUAGUUUAUCAAGGAUGUUCGACUUUGGGUCAGACUGUUUAUAUUUGAUAUAACAAGAUAAGAGAGGUUCAAAGUAUCCUCAUGGUAUUGACCGGUAUUGACUCGUCCUCUCCAGAGUGCUAAAAAGAUGAACGAAUUGCCGGUGUGGGUGGGUGGAAAGGAGAAGAUCGUUGGAGGUCUCAACCGCCACACCAGAUGCGAAGAUGUCAUCGGCAUUCUCCUCCAAGACCGUUACAAACUCUCCAAGUGCGAACUUUCCCCUGCGAACCUCGAGUGCUACGCCCUCUUCGAGAAGUGGCGAGGAUGCGAGCGUCAGCUCAGCCCACGCACGCGGAUGUAUAAACUGUGGAAGGCGUGGGGAGCGGAGCGCGACAACGUCAAGUUCACGCUGAGGAAGAGCGUCGCGAUUUCCAAACGUCGCAACAGCUUGGACAGUGAGGUUGAUGGUGACAGCGGUGGGAUUAAGCUCAGAGAUAAGACCAAGCAGGUGAGCAGCCAAGGACAGUACAACCUCAAGAAAGGUAUUGUGGCCUUUGACCUGAAGAAAAAAACUAGUAGUGGACCAGGUGAUGGUGGUGGUAGUCGCGAGAGUAAGAAGAAAGAAAAGCGGAGACGAAGUUGGGCGGAUGAGAGUGACGUUGGCUUCUCUGACGUCCGCAUUUUGUGCCCGCCGCCGUUGGAUUGUGAUUCUAGCGCGUCGACGUCCAGCUCAAGCGGUAAGGUAACCGCAGAAGGUCCGACAACACUCGCAGAGGAGGUCGAAGGGAAGACGAAACUCCCGUCAAACGAACAAGACUCUGAGGUUCUAAUUCAGAUGAUUCUUAAGCAGAGUCACCAACUGCAUAAUCUUCUAGAGACAAUAUCCACAGUGGACACAGACAUUGAGAACUAUGAAACAAUGUUACACAACCUGAGAAUGCAGGUUGAUGGUAGGAACUAUGUCCAAGAGGCCUAUCUAUCAGGUUCGGGUAAUGAUGAUGGGGUUGCUGACGGCAGUAAUAGCUCAGGUCACUGUGAUAACCCUUUUCAACAUAUGAACAUGGAGGAUCAUAAUCCUGAUUUCAACAUGCGGGUUCCACCAACACCUCACGAAGCUGCCAUUCAUGAUUUCGAGGAAUACACGGCCUUGUGCGACAGGCUCUUCCACGCGGACGAACAACUAAGACAAACUCAGGAUGUUGUUUCUGAUUUGGCCCAGGAAAUUUCCCAGCAAAGGUCACAGCAGGAGGACGAUUCUGGCGAAGUGAAACCGAACGCAAGACCGAGAAGGUACGAAAAGAAACGAGGUGCUUGUAGCACGAAGUUGAUGCACAAUCGCGCAGCGAAGGACAUCGGUUUUGCACGAACGCAGUUAGAGCGGUCGGCCGAUACCAGCAUGGCACAACGCAAGGAGAUUGACAGUUUGCAGGAUAAGCUACAUGACACUGAGAAUAUGUUUAAAGAUAAAUAUGACCGAUUGAACGAACUUACCAAUGAACUAGCGCAGUUGGAGAGGGAUGUCCAUGACAAAUCUACUGAAGAUGACGAAAUCCGCGAAUGCGUCGAGCAGAGUCAAUCGACCCCGGACAACGUGCGGAGUAAGAAUAGCUCCAUGGAAUCGAGUCUCGAUCAGGGGAUCGGUCAUGACUUCUCACCCAUCGACAUGACCAAUAGGAAAUCGCCAUCGCGGUCAUGUGACACAGACUCUAGCUCGGAUACAGGGCUGAGCUCAUUGCACAGUCAAGACGAAUCCGAGCAAAUGGUGUACAACAUUGCAGAGACCUUAGUGUAAAAUAACAUAUUCAAAUGUCACCCAAGGUGCUACGCUUAAUCUGUUGCACAUGAGGCGUCAUUUGUCUGACGUAGGCUUGCGUCAGUGACUGGCGCGGCGUUUGACAGCGCCAUGUGAGAGUAAUGACGGACACUUUGACCCAAAUUCACAAAGGAGUUUUAAAUUUAACCCAUGGUUUAAACCCUCAUGUACAUAACCCAUGGUUUAAAAUUAGUUCAAAA